AUGACAGGAAGACCUCUGCUUGGGCAACGUCCGACUCGCCCUCCAAGCACGACCACAAUACCCCAGAGGCCCCCGUCGCAUCGGACGCUUUCUCAGCAGUUUCCCUCGGGCUCCCCAGCAAGACGAGGCGGCGGCGGCAAUGAAGGGUUCGUGGACUUGACACUUGAGUCGGAUGUUGCUGGAAGAUAUGGCACAGUCCCGCGCAUGGGAUCAUCACGGCUCAGGUUGGAGAUCUCCGACUCAAGUAAUGACAGCGACGCUUCACCGAAACAGCAUUCGGAUGCUACUACUCCCUGGCGUACUUCUGUCCCUCCCCGUGGCCGGCCGCAACUUCAUUUCGAUGUACCAAAUUCCAGCAACCCCGGCUUCAGCGCUUCCCAACAGGAAGCGGCUCAUAAUGAAGUCAACAACAAGGCGAUGCCUCUUCCUGUGAGGCCCGGCCAACAUGCUCCACCUACUGCCGAGAAGGCGCGGCCAGCGCUGGGAAACUCUGCGAAGAAAGAGGGCCGGCCCAAACCAUACGUUUUGGAGGUUCCCACACUCGCUCCGCGGUAUCCUCCGAAUGGCCACGCCGACUUCUAUCCAUGGACAGGAAAUCAUCCCGAAGACCAAUUCUCCGAGCCAGUCAUUCGUCAAGGCUAUUUUGACAAGGCGCAGAUGACCCAAAACGAAACCGGGACUGCCCGGGCAGCUAUAUCUCCUGCUUUGAAGCAAAAGACUGGUCUACAGACACUAUCUUCAUUAUUUACGAGUGUCCUGGCUCAGCGCAGAUCUCAUGGUCAGGUAACGGCUAGUUGGGCUUUCAAACCUCCCCCACGUGUUACAGUCACAGAUACAAAACGAGAAAUUUGGCUGAAAGAUUUGGCAAACCCAACCAUCUCGUUGAGGCGACUUAGUCGAUCUAUUCCCCAUGGGAUUCGAGGGAAGGUACUCCUUGAUCAAUCGCUUAGUAAAAACAUCCCAAUAGAAAGGGCAGUUUGGCUUGCCAAGUGUGUUGGAGCAAACGAGCUGCGAUCCUUCCGGAGGAAAGGGGUCAGUGGCACAUUUCAAAUGGGAGGUGAAGCAAAGUGGAUUCGAGAUUUCACAGUUUGCGUGGAGCAAUUUGUAGAGAACGUCAUGGGAAGUUGUGGGGAAGGCGAUUUCAAAGGCCGCAUAAAUUAUGCUAUUCGGCUUGCCGCUCACUUUCAUGCCGAGUAUCUCCUGGAUCGCGAGCAUUAUAUGGACUGGCUAGUUUCGUCCUUGGAAAAUAGCCCUCAGGCAAAGCUACCACUUUGGAUUUUAAUUACUCAGGUCUAUUGGAAAGAUCUGGUAAAGUACCGGAAAUAUGGGCGCCGACUUGCUGGGGCAUUGCUAGGGCACGUCUCUGAGUUAACCAAUCACCCUGACCAUGAUAUCGUGGAACCCCUUUUGGAUCGAUUACAACAAUUGCUCAAAGGUCUUAUGGUAUCAAACCCCGAUAGCUUUGUCUCUCCAAGACUGUGGGCAAAACAUGAACAUACUAUGCGCUCCAGUUUAUUGUCAGACGAUAGCCAAUUUUUAGCAGUUUUCGAAAAGAUCAGUCUUCGCAAUAAGCGCCUCACAAUUCCAGGAAUAGAAAAAAAAUCAACUGCUCGGCAACGUCUCAUUCGGCUUCUCGACAUGAAUCUUACAGAUUCGUCUAUGCACGAUUUUCCGAAGCGUUGUUGGCAGGUGGAUGAAGACAAGACUAUGCUUCUGCAAGCUGUCUUAGAAUGGUCUACUUCAUCAUAUCGCCCAGGGAGUUCUAAAAUAUUCGUUGCAGCUCGAAUACUCCGAUUCUGGAGCAAGUCUGGGGUCGAUGUGACCGAGUCUAUUCUCGACUUUCUGGAUUCAGACGUAGUCAGAUUCGGUCGCAAUAAGACGUCAUUCUAUCAUUUGGUUUCCGAACUGGCUAGAUCAGAGCAUUUCUCCACGCCACGGUACCUUCAAUGGCUGAUAUCUCGAGGAGGUCUUUACGGUGCGACGGAUGCCGCAUCAGAUGGUCCGUGUGCAACCCGAUUAUUGGCAGAAUUACCUUUGCAUAACCUUAGUGACGGUAUAAUAUCACUACAUCGGACACUGCUAGACCGUGCAGAUUUCUCCGUGGAUGAAGAAGAGCUGCGUAUGAGAAUUUGCAUGGCUUCUAUGAAUCGGACACUACCAUCUAUACAAGCAAAUGCCGACUUAGAGCUAGAAUUGGACGACCUUCCUACCUCUGAUGAUUUCUCUGUCCUCCUGGCGCAAUUAAGUCGGUCAAGCAAGUCAGAAAUAGGUCUGUGGCUCAGGUACAAAGUCAGAGUGCAAAUGCAACAACCAACGAUACCGCUUUUGGAAGACUGGGAUACUUCUCCAAUGAAGGGUGGCACAUCUGCUAUUACUGUGUCGGAUUUUUACACGUUUCGGAAUUAUCUCGAGCUCAUCGAUGACUAUUCGAUGUUGGCAGAUGUGUUAAAGAUCGUCGCGAGCUCAAACGAUGCAGAGGUUCUGGCUUCCUGCGCUGACACCGUCAAUCUACAUACCGACACCUUUGCGGCUAUUGGCGCACUUCAUAGCCUAUUUGACAUUCUCACAGCGCGUCUGCCAGUAUUGGUUGAAGACCAAGACUUCAUACCUAGAAUUGUCUUAGUGUCGCUGUCGGAUCUUGCUGCAAGAAUUCCGGAGCGCAAGAGUAUCGCGGACCAGCUUUCUCAGGAACUCGCGAUGAGUGACAGAAAAAAUGCUGCGGAUGCUUGCUCUCCAGUAUCGGAUCAUAUGGCCAUGAUGCAGAUUACCGAGACCGACUUCACAGAUGAAAUCGAGAAAGUCCUAGCAAGUGGAAACAGCAUGGAUCAGGCAACCUUGGACCGGCUUUUCCAGAGAGUCGUCCUACAACUCGAAAUGGUUUGGGAGAAGUCACCCGAGCAACAGCGGAGUUGUGGGCUUUUGCUUACAAGGCUGCGGACAUUUGACGCUCAGCAUUUCGAUAGCAUCAUGCACAAUUGGACUGUUCGUUUCCUAAACAUGACUGACCGCCCAAAUAUGAUACGAAUUCUGGGCCCUUUGAUCAGCUUUGGGUGUCUUUCUUUCCAGUCCGUCUUAGCAAGUUGUGAAGCUUUGAAUGAGAAGGACGCCCUCUCAACCCAACGUUCCACCUCGGGAGCCUCCAAAGAGCUUCUUGUUCUCCUUCUUGGACCAUCAAACCUGCUGGGAAGCAUGGGUGUCGAAGAACUAUACCGCUUCCGAAUCAAGCAGGCUCAUGUGCAGAUGGAUUUUGCGGUCGAAGUCCUCGCCACCAUUCGUCAAGCCCUUGAAAUUCACCACACAUCCGAAGGUGGUGAUACCUACGAUGCAAACGCGAGAAUGUUGCUUGAAAGUCGCAGCUCAUGGGAGCUCUUCCAAAAAUACGCCCUGCUACACACCGAGUCGAUGAUCCAAGUGCUCGUGAUACCCAUGCUGCGGGAAUCUGGCUCGCCUAACGCAGUCUCAGUUUCAUCGAUCGUCGAUAAACUCCUGCUUGGCGACAGUCAGCGAGAAGAUAUAACAACAGAAGCAAUCCUUGAUAUUGCAAAUGAUCUGACUUUACCAUUUUGUCAAAUCAAGCUCGAGUCGAUGUUUACUUCCGAAGACAGUCUUAUGUCGGGUACCGAGGAAGGCCGUUCGGAGCGCCUUGAAGCUUUUGACAGUGCGAUUGAGGCAGCCGUCGAUUCCGGGAAAACAGCAUGGGCUAGCAUUGUGCCCUUGCUCGACAAAUCAAUUGCCUACCACUUGAGGAGACGAGCUCAGAUACAAUUUCUUGCUCUAUUCCCAUCGCCGAAAUCGGCCCUUGCCUAUGACUCUUCGGCUUUGCAAGGUCGUCUUAUCCAUGCGGAAAACCUUCUUCGUAUAAUAGAUACAACAGCAAGUAGUGCCACUGCCCCAACACCCAUGAGCUCAAAUCAUACUAGCCUUGCCGUCGACAUAAUCACAACACUUAGCGGCGUUCGGAUUUUGCUAUCUACAAGCCAUGCAAAGCAAAUCAAGGAUGCCCUCGUCACAAAAUGGAUUCCCCUCCUUCUGUCAUUCAUCACAAUGCAUACUUCCGAAUUCGAGGCUACAAGGUUAGGGCAUGAGAGCCGGGCUAAAGCAAUACUCGCUCUCUCGGCGAUUAUGCUCGAAUUACAAGCCCUUGACACCAGCACAGAAGCUGUCAAUGGGCUCAUCGAGCAUAAUUUCGAUCUUGCACUCUAUCUUGUCGAUCCACUCCCGGAUGAUAUGCGGCAGCAGUGCAUCCGCAGUCUUCGCGACACGGUUUCCAGCCCACAGCUACACUACAUCUUUAGUUUCGCUGCGAAUCCGUCAGAGUGGCUUGUUCUCAGUCAGAAGGAGAGCAUCCCUGUUUCAAACGGAGGGCCGGGUGACGGAACCGAUAAAAGAAGCCACGAGAAGGAGAAAUUAACUCCGUUUCCUUUGAGGAAGUGGGAACUACUAGGCGAUUCAACACCGCAUUUUGGAGAAAAUGAUACCAGUUUAAGCUUGACUUUGUUUGGUGCCCGGCGAGGCUAA